AUGACAUCAACCUGGCAACCGUCCCAAGACGGGCUCGCAGAGCUCGUUCAGCUCUUCCGCGACUCGCAAAGCCCACAGAUGGACGUCCAAGAGAGGAUCGCCCAGCGCCUCGAUGCGGUCAGCCAGAUCCCCGACUACGCCAACUACUGCGUCUUCACCCUCACCUCGCUCACCACCGAAGACCUCGCAACGCGCUCCGUCGCCGGCCUCAUCCUCAAGAACCACAUCCUCUUCCACCACGACCUCAUCUCGCCCGAGUCGUUCGAGUACGUCAAGCAGGCCAUCAUCCCCGCGCUCAGCCUGCCCGAGGACAUGCUCCGCCGCACAGCCACCCAGGUCGUCUCGAUGCUCAUGACCAUCCUCACGCCGCAGGGCUGGCCAGAAGGCCUCUCCAAGCUCGGCGAACUCAUGGGCUCCCAAAACACAGACGAGGCAGAGGGCGCCUUCAGCUCGCUCGCAAAGAUCUGCGAAGACAUUCCGCGCGAGCUCGAGCUGUGCGAGAUCAACGGCGUCAAGCCCAUCGACAUCCUCAUCCCCAACUUCAUCAACGCCACCCAGCACGCCGACUCGCGCCUGCGCAUGCAUGCGCUCAACUGCCUCAACCAGUUCGUCCAGAUCGGCUCCACCGCGCUCCAGGCGCACAUCGACGCCUUCCUCGCCGCGCUCUUCAAGCGCGCCUCCGACGAGAGCGCCAACGUGCGCAGAUACGUAUGCCAGGCGCUCGUGCUCAUCCUCGGCGUCAGGCCAGAUAAGCUCAUCCCCGAGAUGGACAACGUGGUCGAAUACAUGCUCUACUCGACCCAGGACAAGGACGACGACGUCUCGCUCGAGGCGUGCGAGUUCUGGCUCCAGUUCGCCGAAGAGCCCUCGCUCAAGGACAAGCUGCGCCCCUACCUCGCCAAGGUGGCGCCCGUGCUGCUCAAGGGCAUGGUGUACAACGAGCUCGACCUGCUCAUGCUCGGCGGCGACGAGGACGAUGCCGCCGUGCCCGAUCGUGCCGAGGACAUCAAGCCGCGCCACUACGGCGGCGGCGGCGCGCACAGGAACGAGCACCUCGACGACGCCGCUGCGGCCAACGGCGGUGCGGCGGCGACGGGCAAGUCGCGUGCCGCCAUCGAGGCGCAGGACGACGAAGAGGACGACUUCGACGAGGACGACGAGGACGACGAAGACGACGACGGCAUCUCGGACUGGAAUCUGCGCAAGUGCUCCGCCGCCGCGCUCGACGUCAUGGCGGUCAACUUUGGCGACGAGCUGCUCGAGAUCCUGCUGCCCUACCUCAAGGAGCGUCUGUUCAGCGACGACUGGCUGCAGCGCGAGUGCGGCAUCCUGGCGCUCGGCGCCAUUGCCGAGGGCUGCAUCGCCGGCAUCCAACCGCAUCUGCCCACGCUCGUGCCGUUUCUGAUCAACAGCCUCAAGGACUCGAAACCGCUCGUGCGCUCCAUCACCUGCUGGACGCUCGGCCGAUACUCGAGCUGGUGCGUGGCCGCCGAGACGCCCGAGCACCAGCAGCAGUUCUUCGUGCCUGCCAUGGAGGGCCUGCUGAGCAUGGUGCUCGACAACAACAAGCGCGUCCAGGAGGCCGGCUGCAGCGCCUUCGCCACGCUCGAGGAGGAGGCGGGACGCAACUUGGAACCGUUCCUCGAGCCGGUGCUCAAGACGCUCGUAUACGCGUUUGACAAGUACCAACAGAAGAAUCUGCUCAUCCUCUACGAUGCCUUGGGGACGCUGGCGGACUCGGUGGGUUCGGCGUUGAAUCGGCCCGAGUACGUCGAGAUCGUGAUGCCGCCAUUGAUCGCAAAGUGGCAAGGGCUGCACGAUACGGAUCCGGAUCUGAUCCCGCUGCUCGAGUGCAUGUCGUCCGUGACGAUCGCCGUGGGUCCUGGCUUCCUGCCGUACUCGCCGCCGGUGUUCCAGCGAUGCGUGGGCAUCGUGCACGACAAUCUGGCGGCGGCCGAGGCCGAGGCGCAGAAGCCGGCGGUGGAGCAGGACGUUCCCGACCGCACCUUCAUCAUUGUGGCGCUCGACCUGCUGAGCGGGCUGACGCAGGGGCUCAAUACGGCGGUGCGCGAUCUGGUGGCGGGAUCGCAGCCGUCGCUGCUGCCGCUGCUGGGCCACUGCAUCACCAACGUCGAGGCGCCGGUGCGCCAGUCGGCGUAUGCGCUGCUGGGCGAUCUGGCCAUCUCGUGCUUCGACCUGCUCAAGCCGUAUCUGCCCGCGCUCAUGCCCGAGCUCAUCCGACAGAUCGAGCCCGAGCCCAAGAUGGAGAAUGUGUCGGUGUGCAACAAUGCGGCGUGGGCGGUGGGCGAGAUUGCGCUCCAGUACGGGUCGGAUGCCGAGCUGACGCAGUGGGUGGACGAGCUGAUCAAGCGGCUGGUGCCCGUGCUGCUCUCGACCAAGUCGGUCAAGUCGCUCUCGGAGAAUGCGGCGGUGACGAUCGGCCGGCUGGGACUGGUGCAGCCGCAGCUGGUGGCGCCGCAUCUGGACGUCUUCAUCGAGUCGUGGUGCCAGGCGCUGUGGGACAUCAAGGACAACGACGAAAAGGACUCGGCCUUCCGUGGACUGUGCGAGAUGAUCCAGGUGAACCCCAACGGCGCCGCCAAGGGAUUCGUCUACUUUUGCAACGCCGUCGUACGAUGGUCCACGCCGAGCGCCGAGCUCAACGACAUGUUCCGCAAGAUCCUCACCGGCUUCCGCGACAUGAGCGGGCCGCAGUGGGACGUGCAGAAGGCGCAGUUCCCGCCCGUCAUCGUCCAGAGGCUCGCCGACCGGUAUGGGCUGUGA